UAUCUCGUAAGCUUUUGGUUUUUUCUUUUUAAUUUUUGACGAAUUUCACUCAUACUCGAUAUAUCCUUUGUUAUAUACAUUAUGAUUUUCGUAAGGGAAACACGUUUUAUCGAGUGCCAUCUCAUCUCGCGAACUAAUAGUAUCGUUGUAAUAAUUACGUUUACUUGUUACAAGUAUACGUGCACUUGUUAAUAAAAUUCCAUCAUUUAACAGUGUAUAUAUUUUUUUAUUGUAUAGUUUUGUUGCCAUUAAGUAACUAAUAUAGAGAUAUGCAUUUAUUACGAUAACUGUUUAGAUUACGACCUAUUGACAACCUAUUGAAAAAGUGAGAAAAAUUUAGUUCACUCUCGUAUUCUGAGUAAUUUAUAUAUAUAAUGUUUCUUUUACAAAAUUGUUUUAUCCACGCAUCCACUUAAAUUUAAUAGCCGAUUUUAUAAGUAAGGCUUUUGCAAAUGAGGCUAUUUAUAAAUAUCUUUGGUAUUUCUUUCCUCAUUUAUAAUUGUAUGUCCUUUUAAAAGAUUAUUACUAAGAGCAGUCAUUUAUUUUCAAAGAAUUUAGAGUAUAAUUAUAAAUAUAUAAUAAAUUUGUAAAAUUGUUAUAUAAAUAUAAUUUUACGAAUUUGUAAUUUUUCCUCCGUUAAUUGUUUUACUUGUACCAGUUUAAUUAUAUUUUUAUAUGAUAUAUAUGUAUAUAUAUAUUUACUUACAUUAUGCUUACAUUACAGUGUAUUUAUGUCCAAUAAAUAUACAUGAAUUAUAAAGCCAUCAAUUACUACAAUAAAUAAAUAAACGCGCAAACAGAAAUAUACAUAGAUCAAUACAAUUAUUAAUUGAUUUGUAUAUCUGAUGUAUACCAUAUAAUAAAAUAGAAACUGUUUUCACACAAUUCAGUGAUUAUUUAAUUGCGCAUAUCCGUCAAUAUUUUGAAAAAAAUAAUUUCAUACUUUUAUAUAUAAACUCAACAUAAAUUCUUAACGCAUUCUUUCAAAGUUAGUUGCACUUAAAUUGCAUUCUUUUAAUUUUCAGAUACGCAAUCGCGUUGAUUGCUCUAACAAGUAAUUUAUGUUGCAAUUUAACGCGCUUUUCAUUUAUGAAUCGUCCAAUUCAUCGAUCAAAGAUUGCUUGCAAAUAAUUCCUUUGUCAGCCUUGCUUCAGAUGUAAAAACCUUAUCACUCUGUGUAAUUCUUAAUGACUUUAAGAGAAAUCUUGAGAGGAUGCAUAUGUCGAUUGCUACAUCCCAAAUCUAUUUUCCUAAUAUAAUAUGGCUAGUGAUUCAUCCUCAAUUAGUUCUUUCCAAGUAUUUUCUUCUCGAUAAAGUCGCAGUUUCCUCAGCCUCGGGAUAGAUGAAUAAGAAAUACAUGGAAACUCAAAAAUUUAAGAUGCAAUAUAGAUUUUUCAUAUAUAUGAUCAAAAAGUGUGACAAUUUAAUUUCUCGUAAAAUUCGGUUUUACGUCGAUAAAUUAAAACGUUCGGCAUCUCAUUUCGUUCGAUAUUUAUGUUUAUUCUGUCCAGAUAUCGAUUGAAAAUCACUCUAGUUAUCGCGGGGGCGACGCGGCGCGUAGGGCCGGUCGUGCGCGCCGAGGAGGAGGCGACAUCUGGCGGGAAUCGAGCGCAUUCGCUGUUGUCAAGCGGUGCGACAUCGCGUUGGCAGACCUGCCGGCGUGACUGCGUCUGCGCGGCACUCGAAGGCUGCGCCGAGCCGAGAUACGCGCGCGCUAUCUCUCUCUCUCCGCCACGACGGUGGCGCCCGAGUGCGCCGCCUGCCGGCCGAUUCGCGAAUCAUUCGGCAUGGAUCCAGCUCCAUGUUCGCCCGUGAAAGCGAUGCGGUGUCCCCGCGGUUAGGACGUUGUACGAUUCUCGUGUGUGCUGCGAGAACGUCGCGCGUUACGCGUCGCGGGUUCGUCGUGAUCGGUGCUCAUUCGUGCACGUUCGCGAAACAGUGGUGCGUCGAACGACCUCGUCUCGUGUGUCUCAGUGUGGCGUGGCGGCACAGCAACAGCAGCAGUAGCGGUAGUAGUACUAACAGUAGCAGCGGCGGCGGCGGCAACGGCAACAAUCUUAACUCGGUGCAGAUCCUACGAGGCAUCCGCGGGGGACCUCGUGGAAGCCGAUCACGGCUGCGACGCGAGCUGGCGAGGAGGAGCACUCGUCGGUGCGUGUCGGCGGCGGUGGCGACGGCGACGGCAGCAGCGACGGCGCGUGCUGCGAGGACGAGGUGAAUGCACGGCGGCCGCGGUGUGUGCCAGUGGUGUGCGCGCUCGUCGCCCGUGGAAACCCGCCAAAACCCGCGGCCGCGAACAACCACCACCGUCACCGUCAACAGUAACAGCAACAGUAGCAGUAUCAUCAUCAUCAUCAUCAUCAUCAUCAUCAUCGACAAAAACAACGACGUCGGCGGGAGGAGCUUCGUCUUGGGUGGCUACAAAAAUCCCGUGAGCAACAAAAACAAUAACAACAAAUACGUCAACGGCAUUGUUAUUAACGGCAGCAUCCGUCGCGCUGGUACUGUAGCGCGAUAUCGACGACAUUGUUAUCGUGCCGUCUCGUCGACGUUGUUUCGACGCGUCAGGGCGUCGCGCCGUUUCUCUCGCGACGCCGUCGCCGUCGCCGGUCACGGCUAGUUUCGGCUGGUGGUGGUGGCGGUGGAGAGAGAGGAAGGUCGCGCUCGUGUGACGGCGACAACGGUGACAACGACGGCGGCGACUACUGCCGUGCUCGCACAUCGUUGGCGGCGACAGCGGCGGCGGUCUGUUAUUAUUUUGCCGCGGUGCUUUUGACCCUACGUACACCGGGCGAGUUCAUUGCGACGCUGUCGCGGGGGGUGUCAGCCGCUAGUAUACGUCCACACCGCGCUCUCCACCACCGCGUAUCCUCGGUUGCCUC